GGUGGUGGGGACGGGGUGUGGGGAAGUCGUCGCCGCUCGCGCCAUGAGCAGCGGCGGGGCCACCGCGGCGCGGCUCUGCCGCCUGGAGCGGGGGCCGGACGGCUACGGCUUCCACCUGCACGGCGAGAAGGGCAAGCCGGGCCAGUUCAUCCGGCUGGUGGAGGCGGGCUCCCCCGCCGAGCGCUCGGGGCUGCGGGCCGGGGACCGGCUGCUGGAGGUGGACGGUGAGAACGUGGAGCGGGAGAGCCACCAGCAGGUGGUGGAACGCAUCCGCGCCGCCGCCGGUGUCGUCAGCCUCCUCGUCGUGGACCCGGUGGCCGACGAGCAGCUGCAGAAGCGGGGCGGGACGGGGACAGAGCCCCCCGUGGGCGGCGGGCAGGAGGCCCCGGAGCCGGUGGAGCCCACGGUGCGGGAGCCCAGCGGCGGCGGCCAGCGGGAGGAGCUGCGGCCUCGGCUAUGCCACAUAAAGAAGGGUCCCAAUGGCUAUGGCUUCAACCUGCACAGUGACAAGAGCCGCCCCGGGCAGUACAUUCGUGCCAUCGACCCCGACUCACCGGCCGAGGCGUCGGGACUGGCCCCCCAGGACCGCAUCAUUGAGGUGAAUGGGGUGUGCAUGGAGGGCAAGCAGCACGCCGACGUGGUGGCAGCCAUCAAGGCGGGCGGUGACGAGACCAGGCUGCUGGUGGUGGAUGUCCUCACGGAUGAGUUCUUCAAGAAGUGCAAAGUGGUGCCCUCGGAGGAGCACCUGGCAGGUCCCUUGCCAGAACCAGUUGCCAACGGCGAUAUAGAGAAGGAAAACAGUGGAGAGCUGCGGUCCAACUCAGUGUCCGAGAGCCCGUCCAGUCCCGGGCCACUGGCUGUGUCCCCUGACUCCACCAACACCCACAGCGAGCCCAACACGCAGGAGGGUGACAAGCGCCAUUCAGCGUCCGGCUCCAUCCUGGACCUUGACAUCCCGCUGGCAGUGGCCAAGGAGCGGGCACACCAGAAGCGCAGCAGCAAGCGGGCACCCCAGAUGGACUGGAGCAAGAAAAACGAACUGUUCAGCAACCUGUGAAGGCCCUGGGGUGGGGGCAAGGGUCCACUGCGCCCCCCCAGGCUUUGCACCCACCUCUCCUGCAUCCCCCUCCUCCCUGCCAUGGGCUCCCAGCGGGGAUGCGGGGCUGCUCCCCACCACCCUGACCUGAGGAAUGGGACUUGGUGGCCAGUGGGCAUCUCCUGCCGACGGGGUCCUGGGCAGUGGUUUUAGGCUAGAGAGUGCCGGGGGGGUGCUGGGGGGCUGCCCCUGACUGUGAGCCCAUCCCCAGGGUGCUCUUCCAGCCCUGCCUUGAAGCCCUGCACACCCCCGUAAGCACAAGCAGGGGUUUGGGGGGGGGUUUGGGGAUUUGGGGUGGCCCAACGCCCAACACUUCUGAUCCCUGCUGUUCCCUGGCUCUUCCCCAACCCCAAACCCCACCUCUGUUUGAGCCUCCCCCCACACCCCCCCAAAAUUGCCCUUUAACUGCAAAACUUGUUUUAGCAAAUUUUAGCAACCCCCACCUGCCCGGCCCCCGAGCACAGCGAUUCCUCCCCGGGGUGCUUGAGCCCCACCUGGCAAGCUCCGUCCACGAUGACCCUGUCCCUUCACCUCCCAGGUCCCAGCAGGUGCCAGGAGGGACACGGGUGCCUGGUGUAGCGGGGAGCCCCCAGCACCCUGCCCCAGGGCUAUUCUGGGAGAGGAGAGGGUGUCUGGAGCCAGCGCAGCAAGCAAUAAUUUUCUCCUUUGCUCCUGUUUGCUCCAGGAGACAGAGCUGAUCAGGGUCUGAAUCCAACACUGUUUAAUUUAAAAGCUCCUCAAUAGACUCUGGGGUUUGUUGGGUUUUUUUUCCAGAAUAAGAGUUUUCCAAUCGCACUGUUUUAUUUUUUUUUUUAAAAAAAUGUAUUUUGUGGAAAUUCUUCCUGUGGAUGUUUUGUUUCUGUGUUUCGCGAUCGGGUGUUAUUCAUACUGUCCAGCUCAAGAGAAAUUCUGUUUACUGGAAUAAACCUUCCUGACUUCA